AAGUACACCAGAGAACACACACGAGAGAAACGUUAUAGCUGUGAUCAUUGUGGGAAGAGUUUUGUUUAUGCUUGCCAUCUGACUCAACACCAGAGAACACACACAGGAGAGAAACCUUAUAGCUGUGAUCAAUGUGGGAAGAGAUUUGCUACAUCUAGCCACCUGACUCUACACCAGAGAACACACACAGGAGAGAAACCUUUUAGCUGUGGUCAAUGUGGGAGGAGAUUUGCUACAUCUGGCCACCUGACUCUACACCAGAGAACACACACUGGAGAGAAACCUUAUAGCUGUGGUCAAUGUGGGAGGAGUUUUAGUCGAUCUGGAGAUCUGACAGUGCACAAGAGAAUACACACAGGAGAGAAACCUUAUAGCUGUGAUCAAUGUGGGAAGAGUUUUACUUCAUCUGGCAAUCUGACUCGACACCAGAGAACACACACAGGAGAGAACUCUUAUAGCUAUGGUCAAUGUUGUAGGAGUUUUACAACAUUAAUCUCUCUGAAAGUACACCAGAGAACACACCCAGGAGAGAAACCUUAUAGCUGUGAUCAAUGUGGGAAGAGUUUUGUUUAUGCUUGCCAUCUGACUAUACACCAGAGAACACACACAGGAGAGAAAUCUUAUAGCUGUGAUCAAUGUGGGAAGAGUUUUGUUUCAUCUAGCCAUCUGAAUAUACACCAGAGAACACACACAGGAGAGAAAUCUUAUAGCUGUGGUCAAUGUGGGAGGAGUUUUAGUCGAUCUGGAGAUCUGACAGUGCACAAGAGAAUACACACAGGAGAGAAACCUUAUAGCUGUGAUCAAUGUGGGAAGAGAUUUGCUACAUCUGGCUACCUGACUCUACACCAGAGAACACACACAGGAGAGAAAUCUUAUAGCUGUGGUCAAUGUGGGAGGAGUUUUAGUCGCUCUGGAGAUCUGACAGUGCACAAGAGAACACACACAGGAGAGAAAUCUUAUAGCUGUGAUCAAUGUGGGAAGAGUUUUACUUCAUCUGGCAAUCUGACUCGACACCAGAGAACACGCACAGGAGAGAAAUCUUAUAGGAGUUUUACAACAUUAAUCUCUAUGAAAGUACACCAGAGAACACACACAGGAGAGAAAUCUUAUAGCUGUGAUCAAUGUGGGAAGAGUUUUAGUCGAUCUGGAGAUCUGACUCAACACCAGAGAACACACAGGAUUGAAAUCUCAUAGCUGUGACCAGAGAUAAUCUGAUAAAAGAUCUCUGGUCAAAUAUUAGAAAAUACAUACAUGAAGUAGUUGUUUCAUGAUUUCAAUGAAUUAAUGGCACAAUGUAGAAUUUUUUAACAUUGUAGUAGGAGUAUUGUAAUGAUUUCACAAUGUAGAAGCCUAACUUCACUUAUGAAUUGAUAUCAACAUGUUAUGGAUAUUAGCCUAAUGGGGAAAAAUCCAGGCUCUGAAAUGGAACCCCCGGACAGGGCCAAACAGGAAGGAUAUAACCCCACCCACUUUGCCAAAGCACAGCCCCCACACCGCUAGAGGGAUAUCUUCAACCACCAACUUACCAUC